UACUGAGUAACGCCCCAAAAAAAAACAUCAUCAACUUCCUUAACCCAAACAAACCUACCUAGUACACACUUUUCUUGUUCCUUAUUUGCUUAUUUAACACACACACGCAUCACAACACACCCUUUUGUACUUUGUAACUUUAUUCCUUAAAAUCUCUAAAAAAAAGUGAUCUUUUUCAUUCCAUGAUGGAAGAACCAAACUCAUCAUUAUCAGAACUCAUAGUUUCUCUCGAACAAGCUACUUUCAUGGCAAAACAACUAUCUUCAAAUUCAACCAAUCCAACCCAUCUCAAUCAAAUCCACAAUUCUUUACACCAAACACACCAUCAUCUCACCUCCUUUCUCUCCACCUUUCAAUCCCCUCCGGUGCUGGAAAACUCUGUCUCCUCUGCCAACGGUGCAGCCCCUAUGCAGCUGGGAGAUGAUGAGGAGGAGGAGGAUGAAGAGACUUCAAAAUGCACAAUUGAUAAGGUUGAGCAGCAAUUAAGAGAUUGUUUCAUAAAAAAUAAGCGGCCAAAACGGCCAUUGUCGCCGUCUACUGUGGCACGGGUGGAGGAGAAGCGGUUUUCCAAUGAUGGGUUUGUUAAGGGAUAUGAUCCACAUGCUGUUAAGUUGAGGGCAUUGGACCUUGUGUACCAGUUUCAUGGCUGAUGAUUAUGUAUUUUGUGGUUUCAAUUUCUCAAUCUUGCUACAGAAUUUUUUGUUUGUUUAGGAAUAGGAAGAUUAAUUUUUGUGAUGAGUAAUAGGUUUUAGGCAUGAAAUGGAAGAAGAUUUGGGAUGUAUUGUAGAUUGAGAUCAGGCUGCAUAAAUCAAACAAGAUUAAUUUUUGUGA